UGCCUUCCACACUCUUUCAAAAUUUAUCCUUCUUUGUAACUGAUUCUGUCUUCACGUUGUUCCGUUCUCGCUGUGCAUCGAACUCGUGCUCCUCGCGAGCUCGCGCACGCUCAUGAAUUUCGCGGUCUAAUUCAGCUCAGAAAGGGGGAAGAGGCUCAAAAGAGGAGAAGAAUCAGAGAGAGAGAACGACAGAAAAGAGUGUAAAGCAAAUUAUCGAGUGGAGAGUGCGGUGGCCGGAGGUGGAUACGAGGUUGGGACGGUUCACUGGUGGGUGGGUGGUUUUUCUUUCAAAUGGUAUAUGAUGCUUUGCAAUUCAUUGAGAGAUCGAAUUCGGCCAUGGCUUCGUGAUUAUGACAGGCUUCAAUCUUUCGCAGUUAUUCUCAUUUAUAUACAGAUCGGGUGCGCAUUGGUUGGAUCCCUAGGGGCAUUGUACAACGGUGUAUUACUUGUAAAUUUGGCGAUCGCAUUAUUCGCUUUGGUAGCCAUCGAGAGCAGCAGUCAGAGUCUUGGCCGUACAUAUGCUGUUCUCCUGUUCUCUGCGAUUUUCCUCGACAUCUCCUGGUUCCUUCUUUUUGCCUACGACACAUGGAACAUCUCAUCUGAGAAAUAUGGACCCUUUUUUACCUUUUCAGUGAAGCUUACUCUGGCAAUGCAGAUUACUGGAUUUUCUGUUAGACUAUCGUCUUCACUACUGUGGAUUCAAAUUUACAGAUUGGGGAUUUCAUACAUGGAAACUCCAAUCCCCCGAGAGGCAGAUUAUGAUUUGAGAAAUAGUUUUCUUAGCCCUGCUACUCCAGUUGCAGUUAGAGAGCCCUCAGUUUCUGAUGAUAUAAUAGGGGGCUCUAUCUAUGAUCCAACUUAUUACUCGUCCCUCUUCGAAGAUGGUCAAGAUAGUAAAUGUCUGUCUGGGGUCUCCCAUUUUGGUCAUGGUGAUAAUGGUACUGCUUCUGGGUCAGAUGUGUCUCGAUCAAAGCUGCCCAGACAUUUCCAAGUAGCCGACGAUGAGCAUGCAGCUGGACAUCAGCAACAGACGGUUUAGAGCCCCGAGUUGGCGAAUUUGUUGACUAUGAUGUGCUCCUCCUGUUAUUCUGAUGUCACAAAUUCCGCUUACGACCAACUACUACUACUACUUCUACUACUACUACUCAGGUGCGGUUGGUUCACGUAGAGUUGUGUUUGUACAGCUUCGUAUUAUUAGAUUUAUAAUUCUUUUUCCAGGAUAAAAUUUUUUCAUUGAAGGAAGUUCUUGUACCGUUCGGCUCUGUGCUGAGUAAAAGAAAUGCCAUUGUCUUUGAAGUCUCAAUAGGGAAAGAAGUUUUUGUAUUAUUUUCGGAAGGAACAAGGAAAUAAGUUAAAUAAAAAGUUCGUUA